AUGCCCACUUAUGUGAAAUUCAUGAAAGAAAUUCUUUCAAGAAAAAGGAGGCUAGAAGAGUUUGAGACUGUUGCUCUUACACAAGAGAGCAGUCAAUAUUUUCUCAGCAAGAUACCUCCCAAAUUAGGAGAUCCAAGGAGUUUUACAAUCCCUUGCACCAUAAAAGAUCAUUACAUAGGCAGAGCAUUGUGUGACUUAGGUGCUAGUAUAAAUUCAAUGCCUAUGUGUGUGUUCAAGAAGCUGAAAGUGGGAGAGCCUAAUCCUACCACUGUAACUUUACAGUUGGCUGAUAGGUCCCUGGUUUAUCUUGAAGGGAAGGAAGACCGAGAGGUACCUAUAAUUUUAGGAAGGGCUUUCUUAGCCACUGGUGGGGCUGCGAUAGAUGUUAAAGAAAGUGAGUUGGUAAUGAAUGUGAAUGGUGAGGAAUUGAAAUUUAAUAUUUUGAAAGCCAUGAAAUACCCAAGGGAUAUAGAGGAAAGUUUUAGGCUGGAUAUCAUUGAUUGUGUGGUCAAAGAUAAAUUUUUGCAUGAAACUGCAUUAGACUCAUUGGAAAUUUCUGGUUGUGAGGGUCUAGAAAUAAGUCAAACUGAUUCAGAAGAAGUUGUGAAAUGGUUAAAUUCUAGAUCUGAGUUGAUUUGGAAAAAUAAAAACUUCGAGUCAUUAGAGUUGACCAAGAGAGGUUUAAAAAUUCCCAAACCUUCAGUUGAAGAGCCUCCUAUUUUAGAGCUCAAGCCUCUGCCUAAUCAUCUUAGGUAUGCUUAUUUAGGAGAAAAAGGCACUUUGUCUGUCAUUGUGUCUAAUUUGCUCACUGUUUUAGAGAAAGAAUAG